CCGCUUCCCGCUGAAGCACGCAUCAUAUCUUUAAGCUGCUCCAAAUAGCACAUCAUUCGAGGACCAAGGUUGCGACAAACAUCUUUCGUUGACCACGAGUCUUAGAAACUGCAUGUACGUUGCAACUUCCAUAUUGUGUUACUGAUAACACAUCUCGAAAGUCUAGUCAAGCAGAAACGGAGUUGGGCCGAGGGCCCAUCGAAUAGCGAGAAUCGAAUAGCGAGCCGACCCCACAAUGGCCAAGGCAACUACAAUUAAGGAUGCCAUAAGGAUUUUUGAGGAGAGAAAGAGCGUUGUCGCAACAGAGGCGGAGAAGGUGGAGCUCCAUGGCAUGAUUCCGCCCAUUGAGAAGAUGGAUGCUACCUUGUCGACCCUGAAAGCGUGCAAGCACCUGGCACUAUCAACCAACAACAUUGAGAAGAUCAGCAGCUUGUCUGGCAUGGAGAACCUCCGCAUCCUGUCGCUGGGGCGAAACCUCAUCAAAAAGAUUGAAAAUUUGGACGCCGUGGCGGACACGCUGGAGGAGCUGUGGAUCUCCUACAACCAGAUUGCCAGCUUGUCGGGCAUCGAGAAGCUGGUGAACCUGCGGGUGCUGUACAUGUCCAACAACAAGAUCACCAACUGGGGUGAGAUCGACAAGCUGGCGGCGCUGGAUAAGCUGGAGGACCUGCUCCUGGCGGGCAACCCGCUGUACAACGACUACAAGGAGAACAACGCCACCAGCGAGUACCGGAUAGAGGUGGUGAAGCGCCUUCCCAACCUCAAAAAGCUGGACGGCAUGCCCGUGGACGUGGACGAGCGGGAGCAGGCCAACGUGGCCCGCGGAGGAUAGCACCGCUAGCUUUGGGCAUUAUGGGGGGAGACGUUCAAGGGUCGCGUAGGGUUUUGUAAGUCAUCGAAGUGCAGAGGAAUGCGCAUGUUUUGCCUGCAUGGCUGCGUCUCCUGGGAGUGUGGUGCGAGCACACACGGUGCAACGCAGGGCUGCACCAAUGAGUGGACGUCUCAAAGGUUGAGGUUCGGUUGCCAUAGGUGGAUUCCCAGGAAGGGCGAUGAAGAGGUUGCAGCUCCAGAGGGAUUGGUUGCUCACCAGUGACCGAUGCAAGGCGGGGCGCAAUAGACAGUGGAUGUAGGUGACCAUUGGGAGACGGAUCAGAGUGGCCGCGGUGGAUGCAGACGGGUAGAGGGGUGCACUUGCAGUCGGAGUUGUGCGUGUCACACGGACCACGCCACCUAUAGGAGCAUGUCAAGUACAACAAGCACCAGCGGCGGCACAGUCACGGCUGUUGUAGACACGCACGCUGGACGGCCUCCCAAGGGCAAUUUGGAAGGCUGUUGGGGCCUUGGGGGCAUUAUUUCAGGGUUUCUUGACCUGGGUGCGGGGCACCCUUGCUUGGUCGGGGUGUCCCGCCUUUGUAAUGUCGCAAUCAU